AUGGCUACAGCUAGUGAUAUCUGACAUAAAGAAGCUUUAAGCUGCAAAGAACCAAAGAAGAACAUAAAGAAAAUAAAAAAGAAGAAGGAGAAAAAGCAUAAUAUUCGGUAUCUCAAUAUUCGUUGCAGGUUAAUCUGAAAAAUUGGGAGAUGAAGCAAAGUAAGAUGAGGAUAUCAUGGAUGGAAGACAUUUAUGGAUUUCAAUGAAUGCUACAAAGAUAAAGUUUAUGAGUCAAUUCAAGAAAUUCGAAAACAAAAUGAGUCUAGAAAAGAAUUUGAGUCUAAAGUUGAGCAACAAAAGGCAUCAAUAAAAGAACAAAAACUACUCAAAAUAAAAGCAAAAAGUGCACAGCAGGAAAGAUUAAGCUUUAAUGAAUUAAAAAAUAAUUGCGUUAAGGAUGCAAUUAUAAAAGCAAUGCAUGCUCUAUAA